UAGGUCAUUAUAGCCACAGCUCCAGCUCCACGCUCUGUUUCUGUCCCAGAGCAAACACAGAGCUGUUGUAGGACAGACUGGCAGACACUCGGCAGGGAGGAGAGUUUAAACAUCCAGAGAUGGGCUUUGGGGAGGAUCUGCGCUGCCCCCAGGCACAUGCAGCUGUCAUGCGGCUGCUGGACUCAGAGCUUCACCUGAUGGAGGUCAUGAAGAAGUGGAUGGGUCAGCGGGCCAAGAGUGAGCGGGAGUUUUCAGUGCAGCUGCACCACAUGGCCGCCAUGGGAGAGAAACUGGAGAGGCCUCAGCCCGGAGCGGGACAGGACUACAUCAGCCAGCUCAACAAGUCGUGGGGGGUGCUGGUGUCUCAGACGGACGUCCUCAGUCAGGUGAUGAAGAAGCGCUCUGAGGAUCUGCUCGACGGUCCCAUCAGUAAACUCACGCUGGUCAUCAGAGACAAACAGCAGCUCCGCAAAACCUACGCAGAGCAGUGGAACCUCCUGAGGCAGGAGCUUGGCAAGGUGACCCAUACAGAGCUGGAGAGGCUGAAGAGCAGCUACAGGCAGGCGGUGAAAGAUGCAGCUCAGGCUAAGAGGAAGUACCAGGAGGCCAGUAAAGAUAAAGAGCGAGACAAGGCUAAAGAGCGUUACGUCAAGGCUUCUGUGAAACUCCACGAGCUGCACAAUGACUAUGUGCUGUCUGUGCGAGCUGCUCAGGUUUACCAUCAGCACCACUACAGUCAGAUCCAGCCGGCCCUGCUCGCUGCGCUGCAGAGUCUGCAGCAGGAAAUGGUGCUCAUACUAAAGGAGAUCCUGCAGGAAUAUUUCGACAUCUCCUCUCUCCUCCAUCAUGAAGUGGUGCAGAUCCACCAGGAGAUGUCUUCUGCUCUUACAGCCAUCGAUCCUCACAGAGAAUACGAGAGCUUCAUCCAACAGAACAGAUCUGUAGGGGAGACUCCUGCAUGUGCAGAGUUUGACUGUAGUCUCCUGGAGGACACUGAGGAGCUACAAUCCAGAGAGAUUGAACUAAACGACCUCACGCUUGAGACAGUUCAGCACAAACUGACUGCGGUAGAAGAGGAGCUGCUGAACUUGGCUCGGACUCUGGGCUCGCAGCAGACCUCGGGGGAUCAGCUAGAGCUGGAGCUGGAUGCAGAGCGGGAAGGUGUGAAAAAGGGCCAGAGGUGA